AUGAGACUUGAAGAACAGGUUGUCCUUGUGACAGGAUCCUCAAAGGGAGUUGGACUAGCGAUCGUAAAAGCCUUUCGAGCCCAAGGGGCUCAAGUGGUUCUGAACUACCACAGCUCCAACCCGGAGACCGUGGCGGGUAUCGCACAAGAAAUAGGGGCCUUUCCCUUCCGCGCCGACGUCACGGACCCGGACCAGAUCAAUGCUCUCUUCGUGGCGGCCGAGACGCAUUUCGACAAACCCAUCACCACGGUCGUGAACAACGCCAUUGCCGGCAACUUCGAGUUCAACGGCGACGUCGGCCGCCGCAAAGUCCACGAGAUUCGCUGGUCGGACUUUGACGUUCAACUGCGGGGGUUCCUUCGAGGCACUCUGAACACGACUCAGGCCGCGUUACCCGGGUUCGAGAAGCUGGGAUGCGGCCGGAUCAUCAACAUCGGGACCAACCUGUUCCACAACCCCGUCGUGCCGUACCACGACUACACUGCGGCCAAAGGGGCCCUGCUGGCAUUCACCAGGACGUGCGCGGCCGAUCUCGGGCCCAAGGGCGUCUCGGUCAACAUGGUCUCCGGCGGUUUACUUGAGACGACGGACGCCAGCGCGAGCACGCCCAAGGAGGUGUUUGAGCAGAUCAGGGCCGUCACCCCGUUGAGGAGGGUGACGAAGCCGGAAGACCUCGCUGGCGCGGUGUUGUUCUUUGCCAGUCCGUGGGCCGACGCCAUCACGGGGCAAGAGGUGAUUGUGGAUGGAGGGUUGGUGAUGAGGUGA